AUGAUUCGAGGACAUGUCGCGCUUGCAGCUGAGAGCGGGGAGGUCGUUGCAGUGUGCACGGGGCUACUUGCCCGCAGUGUGGCUCAUGUCAGUCCGGCUCCUGACGAUGCGGAGAUGUUUGGGGACUUGUACAAGAUAUCUUGGCUGAAACAAGGGCUCGCUUCGACAACCGCAGGCAGGUUUAUUUUAAGUUUGGAGGCGCAGGCUUCUGACGAGGACACGCUGAGGACAGAGGAGGAAGGGAUGAACUUUCUUGCCUUCCGAUGUUGGCGAGAGCUGCCUGCCGAGCAGCAAAUCCAACGCCUGGAGCUUUGCUGCGCAGAAGUGUUGGACACAUUGCAGCGGGCAGCCCGCGAAGGUGUGCCGUGGCAGGUGAUUGUUGCUGGCAGCGGCCGGUUUGCGGAGGCUUGCUUCAGCGCUGCAGCCAGCAUGCUGCGCAGUGCCCAAUGUGAGCAGGAGCUUCAUGUGCAGGUCGUGCUGGUGGAGGCCAGUGGCUGGCGGGAGGUGGAGACUGCCCUCUCCGUGGUGAGCUUGCCGCCAGCUUCUGAAGAGCCCAUCUGCCGCGUGGUGGCCGCGACAGUGGAAGUACCCCGGCUGGAACGGUGGCGUGCCGAGUUGGUGCAGGACGGUGCGAUCGGCGUUCGCAUCGGCGGCCGCUACGUGAUCACUGGUGGCAGUGGCGGAUUGGGAACGGCCUGUGCACAGUGGCUCCUGAACCAAGGUGCCGGCUCCUUGAUACUUCUUUCCCGCAGGCGCCCGGCCACAUGUGAUGGAGCUUGCCCGGCCGAGUGGCUUGAAUGCGACGUCUCCUUGCCCUCGGCUUUGCAAGAGGCCAUAGACCAGAUACGGACAGGGGGCCCCGUACAUGGCAUCAUCCACGCCGCGGGAGUGCUCGCCGACAAGCUGCUGGCAGAACAGACACCAGAAGAUCUCCAUUCCUGCAUGGCCUGCAAGAUCGUCCCCGCUUUGCUCCUGCCGCAGCUCGAGUGCGAGGAUUGGAUUGUGAACUUUAGCUCCGUGAGCUCUGUCUUGGGGAGUGCCGGGCAAGUUGCCUACAGUGCCGCCAACGGCUGCCUCGAUGGGUUGGGCCAGGCAGCUCCCGAUCGUGCUCCACGUGUGCUGACGAUCCAGUGGGGCCCAUGGGCGGAGGCAGGCAUGGCUGCUAGGCCGCAGGCCCUGCGCCGGGCGCAGCAGCACGGCUUCGGUGCUUUCACGAAUUCCCAGGGCAUCGCAAUCUUGGAGCAACUGUUGACUCGUAAUGUGCAGGGCCAGCUGUGUGCAGUCCAAGUCAGCUGGGAUCAGUUCCAAUGGCCGGGCCACGCUGCUCUCACAUCCCGCUUGCGUGUCCAGCCACGACCAAUGGUGGCUACAACGGAACCCCAGCAGCCAGAAGUCAGGCUCCUCAGCGAGCUACUGGAACAGACGCCAGAGGCCGACCAGCCACUGAUGGCUGCGGGGCUGGAUUCUCUUCUGGCGGUAGAUCUCGCAAACCAGAUUUCCUCGCAACUUGGUCGACGGCUGCCGCCCACCUGGGCCUUUGACCACCCAACCGUGAAUUCUAUGGUGCGUGAGCUGGCCGAAACGAGAGCGAUGCGGAUGGAGACACUGCCAGAGCCAGGCAGGGCAGCAUCAUCUGUGACUGUGUCAUCUGCGAGAUGCCUGUUACCCAGCUGCCCCAGCUUCCUUGAGGGCGAGGACUGCAUGGUGCGAAUGCCUUAUGCCCGCAUGGAUCUCGAUGCUUGCUUUGACGCUGCGGGCUCGCAGGGCAUGUCUUACACAAUGCAUGCUGCAUGCGUGGCCGGGGUCGAGCUCUUCGAUGGUGAGCACUUUGGAAUCAAGCUUCCUGAAGCCAGCAUGAUGGACCCGCAACAGCGGCUGCUUUUGCAGGCGGCGAGGGCAGCGGGCUGCGAUCAGCUUAAUGACUCAGAGGCUGCCGUUGUCAUUGGGCAAGCGAAUCACGACUGGGCAUCAGAAGCCCAAUCUUCCAGUCCUUUUCUUGGCACGGGCGUGUCGCCUGCCAUUACGAGUAAUCGCAUUAGCUUCCAUUUCUGUUUGAGAGGACCAAGCAUGACCAUUGACACGGCUUGUUCAUCCAGCCUUGUAGCGCUGGCAGUGGCCCUGAGCCUGCCCGGCCCUGCACUGAUGGGUGCCACGCAUGUUAUGACGAGCACCCUGCCAUUUAUCGGCUGUUGCCAAGCUCAGAUGCUAUCUAAGCGUGGCCUGCUGGGCAUCGAGGCCGCCGCCACGAACCACAACGGGCGCAGCGCAAGCCUCACAGCGCCCAGUGGCCCCGUGCAGCAAGCGCUCUUCCGCAGGGUGCUGUCGCAGGCUGGCGUGGAGGGGGCACACGUGGACUUCGUGGAGCUGCAUGGCACAGGCACGAAGCUCGGUGACCCCAUUGAG